UGAAAGUAUAACAGGCCAACUAGAAUAACGAGGCGUCUAUGAACAUACGAAUAAUGCGACGCUUGUGAAAAGAGUGCGAAGUAAGUUACGUCUCUGACCGAUCUCACGAUCGUCAACGGCAACGAGACAAUCAAAUUCCUCAAUUGUUUUCCAUCGCAAAGAUUGCGGAAUCGUUCUUCGAAAUGAACUUCCUCUGGAAUAUUAUAUAUCAGUCUCGAUUUCUCUACGCCUGACUUGCGUUCUUUUUUCUCGAUUCACAAGAAAAUCUUAUAAAGAAGAAAAGAAUAGCAAAUGAUAAUUCUUGGACGAAAUCUUCCGCAAACCAACCCAUAGAUUUACAAGCUCGACAUAGAUCGCUCUCGAAAAGAAAACACAAAGUUUCGCGGCAAGGAAAAAAUCACUUCAGCCGUGGAUCGCAUAAACGAGGGAAACCAAACGGCGGUGUCCAAACCCCGAAAAGCUCGUCGCAAAAAAGCUAAAAGUGUGACUGGAGAUUCAAAGGUUCAUCUAAAAUUUAUUAUCUUAAUGGUCUUUUUUUUUUGUUGUUCCUCCCCCCGCCCCCCAUAACUCAACCAAAUAUUAUUAUCUAAUAAUGAUGAUGAUGAUGAUGAUGAUGAUGACGAUAAUAAGGACGACAAUAAUAGGCAAAAGUCAUGGCGAAUCCAUGUGGUGAAUUCCGUAAGGAUAUGCAAAAAUGUGUCGCACCAGCAGGACCACAGGGAACAACUUUAUUACCUGCGGCCUGUUCCGCGGCACCGAUUCAAAGUCAAAGCGCACCUGUAACACCAAUGCGACCACGAUCACUUUAUACAGCGCACAGUUAUCAUGCACAGACCGAGGACACUAAUUUUCAAGUACGUAAUUCAUAUUCUCAUGUUUGCUCUUUUUUAAUCAUCCGAGAACAAACUCUCUUUCAGCGGUACAAUGAAUUUUCCAAGUACUUUGAAACACCACCAGCGGAUCAAUGGAGCGGCGGUAUAACGGGUGCAACCACUUAUUCGAGUUCAGGGGCGAUUUGGAGACAGCCAAGAACUCCUAAAACAAUGGCCACUCCGUAUUAUACAGCCGAGGAGGCCUGCCUUUAUACAGAAAAUUGGAGGGAACACGAGACCGAUGCGAGUGCAGGAGGUGCUGUUGCCACUCCACAUGGUACCAUUUCCCUGAGACUCCGCAAUAGGAUUCGAGUUGACAUGACAGUCGAUCGUGCUGUAAGAGUGAUCAAUUUUAAGGACUUUUCGUUGAGUGUUUUUUACUCCGGCUCGCGACAUGGAUCGUCGUGCCUGCAAGAAGCGGCUACAGCUCUCGGAGCUGCUCAAUAUUGGAUGACAGAUGAAGGUGUUGAAAAUUGGAUCAUCAAUAAUGUCAGAAUUUCUCAGACUCCGGAUGGUCUUGUCAGAAUUGCGCGUAAUAGCAACAAGUAUCAGCUACGAACAUCACCUAGCAAUGGAACUGCAUCCUUAACAACUCCGUUUCUACAUUGCACAGCAUCGUUGGGUCAAACGUCUCAUCUAUUUGUGCGUCGAGGAGAGCGCCGGAUGCAUUACGACGGAACAAGUUUUAUUGUGCGCAAUGCAGGACACAGUGCUGGAUUUGAUGACAAUGACCAGUUAAAAGUCUAUUGAAAAGUUUAAAUAUCUAUUAGAUAUUGCCAUAAGAUUAUAUUUUUUAAUUGCAAACAUGUGCGUGUGUGUGUGCGUGUGCAUGUGAGUGUGAUAGUCUCAACAAUUAAAUAUAUUUAUCGCUAAAAGCUGCUCGAUGAGUAAUGUCAAAAGAGAUUUUAUAAUAAAAAAGCAAUAUGCUAUUUCAUAUACACAAACUAUAUACCUAUAAAUAUACAUAUACACACAUAUAUAUAUAUAUAUAUACAUAUAUAUAUAUACAUAUAUAUAUAUACAUAUAUAUAUAUACAUGUAAAUGUAUAUUUGUGUAUAUAAUUAUAAUUAUGCUGUAAAAAAAGCAGACAAAAGCAUCGCAGGUUAUCGUGUAGGCAACUUUUUUAAGUUCAGAAAUUCAAUUGAAUUUGCAUUUCCAACAUAUAUUUAGGAAUUUAAUUUAAUCGCUUUAAUUUCUAUAAGUAAUAACAUGACACUAUCUCUAAAAAUAUAAAAUCUUGUCAUAUUCAAGCAACAGAUAAAAUUGUUAAAUUUGCAAUAAUUAACAUUUUCCUUAAGUAAUGUUCUUUACUGGUAUUAAUAAAUGUAUAAAAAGCUACAUAUUGCGUAUCUUGUUUUGUAAUCUAUAUAAAUGUUACUCAUAAUACUUACAUGCGGAUCAUUUUAUUAUAUUUACUCGGCAAAUUCAUCCAUUAUACUUUCAGUAUUGUUAUCGAUAAUAUUUAAUGGUGAUACAUUACUUCCAAUAUCACUUGAGGAAGAGAGAUAGGGGUCAUCUAGAUCUCUUUGAAUAAAAUAUAUGUAUAUAUUAAAUAAAAUAAAUAUAACUAUACAAUAAAUAUGAUUUAUAACGAUAGAGACGAAAAUAAUCAGGUCAACUUACAGUCGUUUUAUUUUCUUGUCACUUUGCGAAGACCCUUCUAUUUCUUUAAUAUCUUUCUUCGUUGCACUUGUACACAUUUCCUUAUUAUAUCCCUUACCUCUACUAAACGUAUGAAUAUCAUUUAUAAUCUCAGUAGCAAAGUUGGAAUUAAAUAAAUUUAAACUGCAAUUAUCAGUAUUGCUGCCAAUUGCUUCACAUUUCUUUUGGUGAUACGUUUUGCUUAAUUUAUUUAUCUUUUCAAAUAUUUGAUCUUUCUCGCCCAUAUUUUUAAUAGAUGAUAAAACUGAAUAAGGAUUAUUAUUAUAAUAAUAUCUUUUUCUAAAGCAUUUCUCAAAGCUAAUCUAUAAAUAAGA